UCUCUUCUCCUAAUUCUAUUCAGAUGACAAAUAUCAUGUGAGCUGCUCUGAGACAUUAUAUGGGUAUGGAGUCUGCUUCGCCACUUCUGCCUCUCUGUUUUCUUACCAUUUUGAUUUCCCUCUGCUUCCCACGUUUUUUGCCAGUACGGAAACCAAGAGUCACAUUCGCUCAAGCUUUUCUCAAAAGUAAUCUCAAAUAAUGAGAAUUAAAUUAAAAUCUAUUUUCAAAAUUUUCAAGAAAAAAAAAUGUUUUUCGAUUCUCUAGAAGAGAAAAUUAAGAUCUUCUUUCUCUUCCCGCUCCCAUGUCUCCCUGCACCAUUUGUUCACACUCAUCUUUGUAUCCCUGCAUCGUUCACUCGUUCAUCCCUGUAUCUCUCUUCAAUCUGCAAUAACACGCUAUGUUUCUGUUUCUGGAACUCGGAUGAUUCCGGGCCAUCUCUCGGUUUUCCCGGAAUGUGCAUUAUUUUCUCAAGAAAAUCUUGCGUUGCAUAUAUGAACAGAGCGCAGAAAGAAUUAUCAUUUUUCUGAAUCAAUUUUGGGAGUGAUAAGACGACGAUCUCGAUGGAGUUCACGCCGGGAAGCUCGGGGUACAUAGAAUUGUAUCCAGAGAGGAAAAUGUCGUUGUUCAAGAACCCUUACAUUCUGGCUCUCACGGCCGUCGCAGGGAUAGGCGGUCUCCUCUUCGGCUACGACACAGGUGUUAUAUCAGGAGCACUCCUGUAUAUUAAAGAUGAUUUUGAAGAGGUGAAUCAGAGUAGUUUCCUGCAGGAAACAAUAGUAAGCAUGGCUUUGGUUGGUGCAAUUAUUGGAUCAGCAUUAGGUGGUUGGAUUAAUGAUGAAUUUGGGCGUAAAAAGGCCACCCUUAUUGCUGAUGUAGUCUUUGCCUUGGGAUCAAUAGUUAUGGCACUGGCUCCUGAUCCAUAUGUCCUCAUAUUUGGACGUCUUCUUGUUGGUAUUGGCGUGGGCAAAGCUUCUGUAACUGCACCUGUGUAUAUUGCAGAAGCAGCGCCCUCAGAGAUCAGAGGAGGACUUGUGAGCAUAAAUGUGCUUAUGAUUACUGGAGGACAAUUUCUCUCCUACCUCAUAAAUCUUGCUUUCACACAGGUCCCUGGAACAUGGCGAUGGAUGCUAGGUGUUGCUGGUAUGCCGGCAGUCAUUCAGUUUUGUCUCAUGCUCUGCCUACCUGAGUCACCACGGUGGCUUCUUAUGCAGAAUAGGAAAGAUGAAGCAGUUUCAGUCCUUUCCAAGAUCUAUGAUACGAAUCGCUUGGAGGAUGAAGUGGAAUAUUGUUGUGCCCAGUUGGAGGAAGAACUUGAGAAGCAAAGCAAAGUUAGAUACUUGGAUGUGUUCAAAACUAAAGAAAUUAGACUCGCAUUUCUUGCAGGGGCCGGACUUCAGGCUUUUCAGCAGUUCACUGGCAUCAGCAUUGUGAUGUACUACAGCCCAACAAUCAUAGAGAGGGCUGGCUUUCAUUCCAAACAAUUAGCUCUUCUCCUAUCCCUCAUUAUCUCCAGCUUGAAUGCUGCUGGAACAAUCCUUGGCAUUUAUCUUAUCGACCACGCAGGGCGAAAGAAGCUGGCUCUUGCAAGUUUAUCUGGCGUGGUUGUUUCUCUGGGGAUCCUUUCUGCUGGAUCCUUCCUAGAUUCAUCAGGUUCUCAUGAUGGAAACUAUGGAUGGCUUGCAGUUUUAGGCCUAGCGUUGUACAUUGCUUUCUUUGCGCCAGGGAUGGGACCGGUGCCAUGGACAGUAAACUCUGAGGUAUAUCCUCAAGAAUACCGUGGCUUAUGUGGAGGCAUGUCAGCCACAGUGAAUUGGAUUUCAAGCGUGAUAAUGUCCCAAAGCUUCCUUUCAGUUUCUGAUGCUUUAGGACUUGGUGGGAGCUUCUUGAUCCUUGCUGGUAUAGCUCUAGUUGCUAUUCUGUUUGUCGCCUUGUUUGUCCCAGAGACAAAACAACUCACACUGGAUGAAGUAGAGCAGCUAUGGAAGGAAAGGGCCUGGGGAAGGGAUUACAAAAGAGAAAGCCUUCUUUGAGAAAGGAAAUAAAUAGCAUCUGCAGGUUGUUAUCUGAAUUCAAUGGGCCAUUCAUAUACUUUCUUUCUUAUAUGGUCAAUUAUUGUACCUAAACAAAUUGGGUUUUAGCUUAAAGGCUAAAAUCCUCCAGGGACACAAAUUACAUGCUAGCUUAGCAUUCGGUGAAGUACAAGUUUGGAACUAACAAGUUAUCCAAGCAAUAUGUUACCUUGCAUUUUGGAGGAGGAUGGAAAAGUAAGAAAGUAAAAAUAAAUGGAAGAAGAAUUAAGAUGUUGUAUUUUUUA